CUGACAGCGCCGACAGCGCAAACGAAAAAAAAACCUCGUGGCCGUAGCGUCCAUCGCAAUUUUCUCAACAAAAUCGAAAACUCGACUCAAAAAAUGAAAAAACAAACAAAAAUUGUUAACAUUUUCAAAAAAGUGGACAGAAACGUUGCUGUGCCAAGCGAUGAAAAGGCGGGUUCCUCAAAAACUCCGAAUAAUUCAGCACCAAAGGGAGACGACGGCGAAAGUUCGAAGAGAGGGAGAAAGCGCAAAUUGGUCCCAAAUGCACCAAGCUUAACGAUAAAUAAUUACUUCCUCCCUAACAAAGCGGCCUUGGAACCAGCAUCGGAAAUUUUGGGAAACGAUGGUCCCGAUUCAAAAGUAAAAUGCAUAAGAAACGAUGCUCCAUCCGCGAUGGAAAAGAAGCAGGUGCACAACCUCUCAGGCACAUCUUAUUUAAGUCGGUUCUCGGCAUCGCCGAGGACAUCCUCGAACCGCCAAGGCACUUCAUCCCCGAACUCCGUCCUCGUACCGCCGUUGAAGCCCUGCGAUUCUUCGGAGUCUUCUCCAGGAAGCAACAAGAAGCGUUCGCCGCAGGUGGCCAGCGCGAUCGUACAGAACCGCCAAGGCACACCUUCUUCUUCGAACUCCGUCUCCGUACCGCCGCAAAAGUCCCGCAAUUCUCCGGAACCUUCCGCAGGAAACAACAAGAAGCGUUCGCCGCAGGCGGCCCUCACGAUCAAACCGAACCACCAAGGCACAUCUUCAUCUUUGAACUCCGUCCUCGUACCGCCGCUGAAGCCCCGCGAUUCUCCGGAGUCUUCUCCAGGAAGCUACAAGAAGCGUUCGCCGCAGGCGGCCAGCGCGAUCGUGAGCGGUUCGGAACCAGCCACGGAGCGAGGCAAGGAAAAGUCCAGAUCGAUCACGGCCAGAUUGGUUAGCCGGAUUCCAAUCCGGAAGUCAUCUGUUGAUGACGUCGGAUCACCAGAAACAGCGCAAGACCAGCAGGUGCACAAUCUCUUCAGCAUAUCUAAUUCAAGUCGGUUCUCGUCAUCGCCGAGGACAUCCUCGAAUCGCCAGGGCACACCUUCAUCUCCGAACUCCGUCCUCAUAUCGCCACGGAAUUCCCGCGAUUUUUCGGAGUCUUCUCCAGGAAGCAACAAGAAGCGAUCGCCGCGGGCGGCCAGCGCGAUCGAACCGAACCGCCAAGACACAUCUUCAUCUUUGAACUCCGUCUCCGUACCGCCGCUGAAGCUCCGCGAUUCUCCGGAGUCUUCUCCAGGAAGCAACAAGAAGCGUUCGCCGCAGGCGGCCAGCGCGAUCGUACAGAACCGCCAAGGCACACCUUCAUCUUCGAACUCCGUCUCCGUAUCGCCGCAAAAGUCCCGCAAUUCUCCGGAACCUUCUGCAGGAAGCAACAAGAAAGGUUUGUCGCAGGCAGCCAGCGCGAUCGUGAGCGAUUCGGAACGAGCCGCGGAGCGAGGCAAGGAAAAGUCCAGAUCGAUCACGGCCAGAUUGGUUAGCCGGAUUCCAAUCCGGAAGUCAUCUGUUGAUGACGUCGGAUCACCAGAAACAGCGCAAGACCAGCAGGUGCACAAUCUCUUCAGCAUAUCUUAUUCAAGUCGGUUCUCGGCAUCGCCGAGGACAUCCUCGAACCGCCAGGGCACACCUUCAUCCCCGAACUCUGUCCUCGUAUCGCCACGGAAUUCCCGCGAUUUUUCGGAGUCUUCUCCAGGAAGCAACAAGAAGCGAUCGCCGCGGGCGGCCAUCACGAUCGAACCGAACCGCCAAGACACAUCUUCAUCUUUGAACUCCGUCUCCGUACCGCCGCUGAAGCUCCGCAAUUCUCCGGAGUCUUCUCCAGGAAGCAACAAGAAGCGUUCACCGCAGGCGGCCAGCGCGAUCGUACAGAACCGCCAAGGCACACCUUCAUCUUCGAACUCCGUCUCCGUACCGCCGCAAAAGUCCCGCAAUUCUCCGGAGUCUUCUCCAGGAAGCUACAAGAAGCGUUCGCCGCAGGCGGCCAGCGCGAUCGAACAGAACUGCCAAGGCACACCUUCAUCUUCGAACUCCGUCUCCGUACCGCCGCAAAAGUCCCGCAAUUCUCCGGAACCUUCUGCAGGAAGCAACAAGAAGGGUUUGUCGCAGGCAGCCAGCGCGAUCGUGAGCGGUUCGGAACCAGCCGCGGAGCGAGGCAAGGAAAAGUCCAGAUCGAUCACGGCCAGAUUGGUUAGCCGGAUUCCAAUCCGGAAGUCAUCUGUUGAUGACGUCGAAUCACCAGAAACAGCGCAAGACCAGCAGGUGCACAAUCUCUUCAGCAUAUCUUAUUCAAGUCGGUUCUCGGCAUCGCCGAGGACAUCCUCGAACCGCCAGGGCACACCUUCAUCUCCGAACUCUGUCGUCGUAUCGCCACGGAAUUCCCGCGAUUUUUCGGAGUCUUCUCCAGGAAGCAACAAGAAGCGUUCGCCGCAGGCGGCCAGCGCGAUCGAACAGAACUGCCAAGGCACACCUUCAUCUUCGAACUCCGUCUCCGUACCGCCGCAAAAGUCCCGCAAUUCUCCGGAACCUUCCGCAGGAAACAACAAGAAGCGUUCGCCGCAGGCGGCCACCACGAUCAAACCGAACCACCAAGGCACAUCUUCAUCUUUGAACUCCGUCCUCGUACCGCCGCUGAAGCCCCGCGAUUCUCCGGAGUCUUCUCCAGGAAGCUACAAGAAGCGUUCGCCGCAGGCGGCCAGCGCGAUCGAACAGAACUGCCAAGGCGCACCUUCAUCUUCGAACUCCGUCUCCGUACCGCCGCAAAAGUCCCGCAAUUCUCCGGAACCUUCUGCAGGAAGCAACAAGAAGGGUUUGUCGCAGGCAGCCAGCGCGAUCGUGAGCGGUUCGGAACCAGCCGCGGAGCGAGGCAAGGAAAGUCCAGAUCGAUCACGGCCAGAUUUGUUAGCCGGAAGUCAUCUGCCGAUGACGUUGGAUCCCCAGAAACAGCGCAAGACCAGCAGGUGCACGAUCUCUCCAGCACAUCUUAUUCAAGUCGCUUCUCGGCAUCGCCGAGGAUCCUCGAACCGCCAGGGCACACCUUCAUCUCCGAACUCCGUCUUCGUAUCGCCACGGAAUUCCCACGAUUCUCCGGAGUCUUCCCCUGGAAGCAACAAGAAGCGUUCGCGGCAGGCGGCCAGCGUGAGCGUGGGUCAAGUGGACCCCGACCAGCGUGAGCACAGAGCCACACCUGCAUGCGAUCCAAGAGACCCGUUGCUCCCAGUUCCUACAGACAGAUUGGAAAGAAAUGCACUGAUACUGAAAGGUCCCUUCCAACCCACACUCGAUAAAUAUCCGGUGAAAUCAUGUGGCAAAUCCAAACGAUCCUUCAUCAAGGAGUGGUUUAAAACCUAUUCCUGGCUGGAAUACAGUAUCGAAAAGGACAGCUGCUUUUGUUUUUUCUGCAGAAUUUUCCCGCAUGAAAAUUCCGGAAAAUCUGGCCACUCCGAUGCUGCUUUUACUCAAAAAGGAUUCGACAACUGGAAGCGGGAAUAGAGGCAUUUCGCAAACACCAAAA